UUUAAGUGCAGAAUGCUUUCUCGUGCUGCAUGCAGACUACGAACUGGAGUCGCGCAUCUCCAAAAGCCAUCCAGCCUGCAGUACCAUGUCAAAGUUCCAACCAUUGCUCUAGAAUGCAGACCGGUCCGGAUAAAUACGUUACCGGACCGACUUUUUGUGCGUGGCCUUACAACUCAAGGAGGAGAUACCAACACGUCUAAAGAUAAAGAAGCCAAGCAAAACACCAUAUUAACGGAAUAUGUAUCUGGAAGAACUCGUAUUUUUACAUCAAUGCCUACCGGACUUGGCUCUGGAAGAGGCUCUAAGCAAUGCAUAUCCACUCCACUCACGUCACCUUUAUCAUGGCAAUGGCUACAACCUCAGUCAAGCCAAAUGGGUCCAAAUCACAGCAAGUGGAGCCGCCGACGUCAAAGAAUUUUAAGUCUCGGUGCCCUUAGCAGUUUACAACAGAGCAUGCGGGAAAUGUUUCUGCCCGUUGGAUACCCCGAAUCAGUGCACGAAUGUUACGCCAAAUUUCAUGCUUGGCUUUUCUUGGAGACAUAUGUUGGAUCAGCGAUUGGUGUUUUGUGCUCACAAGCAAUGCUUGCGUCACUCGGACUAGGAGAAGCAGAGGCUGCUGGAGGUGCGGUUGCUAUUCAAUGGGUAUUGAAAGAUGGUAUCGGAGAGGUUGGCAAAUUGUUUUUCAUUAAACGAUUUGCUAGCUCAUUCGACUCGCAUCCAAAAACAUGGAAAAUGGUCUGCGAAUGGCUUUCAUCUGUUGGCUCAGCCCUUCAACUAUGUACUUCCAUUGCAUCUCCCAAGCUGUUUUUACCACUUGCUGCCAUGGGAAAUAUGUUCGAGUUGAUUCAUUACAGCAUUUGGGCGGCUAGCCAUAUGACAUUCACUCGAAACUUUGCUCUCAGUGGUAAUGUCGGAGACAUCGUCGCCAAAGAUGACUCUCAAAUGUCGACUGCUCACUUGCUGGGUAUGCUUUCUGGUGUUGGGCUGAUUUCCAUAUCGCACGACCCAGCAUUUUUGUUCACUGUAUUCGGAAUCCUGUCACCGCUCAAUAUCUAUUUCACAUACAAGCUCUUAAACACUGCGCAAUUCGAAAUUCUCAAUCAAGCAAAGCUGACACUGCUCAGUCGCUCGUAUAUUGAUACUGAAAAGGUUGUUGACGUUGAUGACCUGAAGGAUAGAGAAUUUCUCUUUGGAGAGUGGAUCAAAUGGAACAAACCCGGCGGUCCAGUUAGAGUCAAUAUCAAACUAGGAGCUGGAGCUGACAAAGCUUUUGCAGGCGCCGGUGAAGUGGAAAGAGUGGUCGAUACCAUGCGCAAUGAGAAUUACCUACUUAACUAUCACAAUAACUGCAUGUGGGUCAUGUUCCAUGACGAUGCAGAGUCCAACGACGUCAUUAAAUCCGUUUUACACUCUCUUCGAUUUCACGACAUUCUCAAACAGCAAGGCAUAAAGAAGGAGACGGAUUGGGAGCAGUACGAUAAAGCGAUGCGUGAUAGCUUGGAGUUCACGCGAGAAAAGUUCCCAGGAUUUGUUGCCAGCCUAGAUAGCAAAGACUGGCAAUCUGACAGUGUAUACUGGAAUGAUAGUGGCGUGCGAGUAAGCUGGGACAGACCAGAGAAAACCGAAACCUUUUGAUGCCUCAUCGCCAGAUAAAUGUGUAAUUUAGAAUCACCUAUCCCAAACCCCCGA